ACUCUUCUCCCGCAUACCUCUUUUUCAGUCAAAUCCAUAUUGUGUCAUAUGGAGGGGAAUUUUUUAUUACGAAUGGAGGCCCAAUUUGCACGGAUAGAGAUUUUGAUUAUGAGUACCAAUGCAUUGGACGCACUUAUUGAUUUGCUUGAAAAUGUUUUAUAUGGAGAAAUUGAGUAUGAUGAAGGAGUUUGCACACUUUUCGAUCACAUAGAUGAAAUUAUCAAGAAUCUACGGUCAUUUUGCCCUAUUGAAGGUCGGACAAAUUAUGAUUCUGAUUUACACGCAUUUGACAUUGAAAUCUCUUGCGUGAUUCAGGAUUUGGUUCGUGGACCCCAAAUUUUGCCGAGUUUGAUUCCUUCAGAGUUACAAAAUUUCAGAACAAACAUGGUGAAUGCCAUCUCGAACCUCAUCAGUGCUCCACUUUCUCCACCCAAUUUGGCUCCUAUGGUCACCGUACAAAAUACUGAGUUGCAUGAAAAGGAAUCAAAGGAUGACUCUGGCGUCGAAUUAUAUGUUGGGGAUGACAUGGACAAUGGGUCUGAGGCCAUAAACAAAGAUGACGGGAGGUCUAACUUCGUGGAAAAAAAUGAAGGGUCUCAUACAGAAGAUGUUGCUGAUGCCUACAAGUGUGAUCUUACAUCCCAUGAAUUUUAUGCCUCGCUAAAUACCUUGGCGUGUGUAGACAAUGUCAACUACGACGUUCUAGGAGAUGUAGACCAUGUAGCAGAGAACUCAAUUUCGCUGGACACUUUCAAACUGUUUGACAUUGUUGAUGUUGUCAAGUCUGAGUACCAAGUUUCAAAUGAGAGAGUCCCAUAUAGGUUUUUCUCAUCUCAUAUUCUCUCAUCUACAUUGCAAUUGGCAAGGUUCAUGAAAAAACAGUCACCGGGUGGACUCUUUUGGUUCAGCAUUCUUUCUCCAGUCUUAAAGCACGAGUGGGAGCCUCCACCUUGAGGACAAGUACUACUUCUGUCCUAGAGUAUUUGUCCACUUUCAUUUUUACACACCAUCCAAUACACUUCUUUAAUCCAUUUUAUCUUGUAAUUUGUAUAUUAAAAAAUUAUAGAAAUUAUAUAUUAAUAAUCUAUAUGUUAAGACAAAUCAAACAAGAUCACACAUGACUAUAUUUAGGCUUACACAUUGAGAGAAUUUG